AUGGGGGACGAUACGAAACCUAUACAUGGAAUUAAAUCUGGAACUGCUCAAGAUGCCGCCGAUAUGAUGCGUCUAGGCAAGAAGCAAGAGUUUAAGAGAAACUUCCAUGCCUUCUCAAUGCUUGGUCUGUCCAGUGUUCUCAUGGCAACAUGGCAAGCAUUGAUAGGAUCCGCGAGUUUCAGUCUGAUCAAUGGCGGUCUUGCCGGUUCCAUAUGGUCCUAUAUCGCAACCUGGAUCUGUACCAUCACUGUCACACUCUCUCUAGCUGAAAUGUCUUCGAUGGCGCCAACGUCAGGGGGCCAAUAUCAUUGGACGAGCGAAUUCGCUCCAGCAAGCUGUCAAAAGUCUCUCAGCUACUUUGUUGGCUGGUUAUCGGCAUUGGGAUGGCAAGCAUCGAUUGCUCUCACGUCCUUCGCGGCCGGGAACGUCACCCUUGAGCUCGCUUCUACGAUGCACCCUGCGUAUACACCGGCUCUUUGGCAUGGUACUCUUAUGACAAUAUUGAUGGCAGUGUUGGCCGUAAUGGUCAACACUCUUGGCGCAAAGCGUCUGCCUCUACUCGAAGCGACCAUUCUAUUUUUGCACGUAUUUGGUUUCUUUGCAGUUCUUAUCCCACUGUGGGUAAUUGCCCCUAAGAUUUCGGCCAAAGAAGCAUUCACCUCGUUCUCCAAUACAGGUGGAUGGAGUAGUAUCGGAGCUGCGGUCGUGAUAGGGCAACUCACGGCUGUUGGGUCUCUUGGAGGAUCUGAUGCUCCAGCCCACCUUGCCGAGGAAGUUGCAAACGCGAGUUAUGUGGUUCCUAGAGUCAUGGUUGCCACUGUCAUGCUGAACGGUGCAAUGGGCCUCGUCUCGAUCAUCACGUUCGUCCUAUGUAUCACUGACUACGAGUCGAUGGUCGCAAACAACAUGGCGGUAUAUCCAUACAUCUCGAUUUUCCAGCAAGCUAUCGGCUCGGAUGUCGGCGCCACGCUCAUGACCACACUCUUCAUCCUUCUCAACUUCUUCGCAGCAUUAAGCGUUGUCGCCGCUGGGUCACGUCAAAUCUUCUCCUUUGCUCGUGACAAAGGGAUGCCCUUCUCCGGAUGGUUUAGACAAAUUGUGACCAUUGGCACGCCGAUUCCGCUCAACGCCAUCCUCUUCUCCCUAUCGAUUACUGUGGUGCUGGCACUCAUCAAUCUCGGCUCGACGACUGCUUUCAACUCGAUUGUUGGCUUGCUUGCAGGCUCUGGAGGAUUCUCUUACUCUAUCAGUAUCGCAUGUGUACUCUGGAGGAAGAUUUGCAAGAGACCUUUGCCUCAGGGAAGAUUCUCCCUCGGCAGGUCGGGCAUUCCUAUCAACAUGUUUGCUGUCUUGUACAUGAUUCAGCAAGCCAUCAUCAGCUUCUUCCCCAUGUUCGCCAGCGUCACCGUCAAGAUGAUGAACUACGGUUGCGUCAUGUUCGGUGGAGUGGCCAUCAUAUCGAUUGUGUAUUACCUUGUCAGAGGAAGGCAUGUGUACAAAGGUCCAGUUCUUGAUAUCUAUCGUGGUUAG